GCGCACGGUCCUCUUAUAUAUAGACUCGCGGCGCGCGCUCUUUCCUAGUUCCGAAUUACGUUUCAGCACUAGCAGCAACUUUCGUUAAAUUUUACUCGUCGUCAUCGUGACACUCGUGGAAGCUUUCAUCAUGGCCAAGGACAAUCUCACAGCCAUCCAGUACGGUAUCAACGACAUCAGACUGGAACAGACUCCUAUCGAAGAGCCCAACGAAAAUGAGGUGCUCCUUCAGAUGGGUUGCGUCGGGAUUUGUGGUUCCGACGUUCACUAUAUGGUACAUGGAAGAAUCGGUGACUUCGUGGUGCGACAACCUAUGAUAAUAGGCCACGAGUCUUCUGGUGUCGUCGCCAAACUCGGGAAGAACGUGACUAAUUUGAAGGUGGGCGACAGAGUGGCUAUCGAGCCUGGAGUACCUUGCCGGAAUUGCAGCUUUUGUAAAGGGGGACGAUACAAUCUGUGCAAGGACGUUGUGUUCUUGGCCACUCCUCCGGUUCACGGCAGCUUGAGACGUUAUUACAAACACGCUGCUGAUUUUUGCUUCAAGUUACCAGACCAUGUAACUUUGGAAGAAGGAGCGCUGUUGGAGCCGUUGUCCGUCGGAGUUCACGCCUGCAAGCGUGCGAACAUUGGCAUUGGAUCGAAGGUGUUGAUCUUGGGUGCCGGGCCGAUCGGUCUGGUCACCUUACUGGUUGCAAAAGCUAUGGGUGCCAGCAAAAUUCUUAUUACUGAUCUGGAACAGGACAGAUUGAACCUGGCCAAGGAAUUGGGUGCCGAUUAUACUUUGUUGGUGACCAGGCAAGACAAGGAGGAUGAAAAUGUGCGCAAGAUUCAUCAGCUUCUUGGAGAGGAGCCUGACAAGACGAUCGAUGCUUCCGGAGCUCAGUCUUCGAUUCGUCUGGCAAUUUUUGGAACCAAAUCCGGCGGAGUGGCAGUUAUGGUUGGAAUGGGCGCACCGGAAGUUCAGAUUCCUCUGAUCAACGCGCUCAUCAGGGAAGUCGACAUUCGAGGAGUGUUCCGAUACGCAAACGAUUACGCCGAUGCGUUGGAUCUGGUUGCGACGGGUAAGGUAAAUGUGAAACCACUGGUAACUCACAAUUACAAGAUCGAGGAGACCGUGCAAGCCUUCGAAACUGCCAAAGCGGGACAGGGCGUCAUCAAGGUGAUGAUCCAUUGUUAGAAAUUCUUGUGUGUAAUUUUUGCUCAUCAUCAAAAUCGGACCAUUUUUUUUCAAGAAACACACUCGCGCGCGCGCAUACACACAUAGAGUUAAUAUCAGGAAUCAAGAAAAACGGUCGUGCGUCUUCCGAAUCGGAACGCGUUGCACAAUUUAGACGUUAGAUAACAACUAAAUGAAAACAAACGUUAUUGUUGUUGAGUUGCUUACACACAAGAAUAAUACGAUGCCCGGAAGAACCGAAAGACCAUAUUAACACGUACGCGACGUACUUCCGCUGUGUCUACUACACACGUAUAUGUACAGAGUAAAACAGAUUUCAUUAAACACAGGAAAGUGGAAACUUUUUUUGUUGAGAACUUCAUGUCUUACUGAACUUCACAUCUUACUUGGAAAUCUUGAUAAAGAACAACGAUAAAGUUUAAUUUAUUGGUUAAAAUUUAGUUUCUUAUUUGUGCGCUCGUAUGUACAUGAUCGCGGUUCAGUGAUUGGACGAUGAACAUGUAUCUGAGAACACGCGAGACUAUUAUGUAUAUGUAUGUAUGUAUGCUAUGUAUAUAGGUACAUAUUGCGUGAUACACAACGGCGGGCACGAGUGGAUACGAGCGUUUUCUUUUUUUCGUCGCCGCUCGUAUACAUCACUAUCAUAUCUUAACUUUGUGAUAGUGAUAUCGUGAUAAAAAAUUGUUGCUGUACGUACAACUUACAUAGCCAGUUGCACAAUAUUAUUCUUAUGUAACAACAACGACAACGGUCGUAUAUUUUCGAUCUGAUUCGAGCCUGAUUUUGUUGUAAAUCUUCAUCGUCGAUUAAACGCGUUUCUGACACUAUCAUUUUUAUCCUAUCAAAUUUUGUUGAUUGUUGAGAUCGUUUGUAGUUCGUCGCGUCGUCGUGUGUUGUGGCUGUUAUUGCCGGUUGUACUGUUGUUAAUAAAAAUUGUUAAUAUGCAUAA